AUGAUGAACAGCACAACAGUGCAGGAAUUCAUACUUUUGGGUUUUACGGACAAUCAGAAGCUUCAAGUCAUACUCUUUUUCCUCCUGAUGGGAACAUAUCUUCUGACCAUCUCAGGGAACAUGUUGAUCAUUGCAAUCACGUUAUCAAAUCACCGUCUCAAAACUCCAAUGUAUUUCUUCCUCCGAAACUUUGCACUGUUGGAGGUUGGAUUCACCACUUCUAUCAUUCCCAAAGCACUGGCUAACUUGGCCACAGGGCAGAGGACUAUCUCUCUAACUGGCUGCUUUACACAGUGCUUUCUGUACUUUGCCUUGGGGACAACGGAAUUCUUUCUGCUGGCAGUUAUGUCCUUUGACAGAUAUGUGGCCAUCUGCCACCCUCUUCAUUACUCCACUAUAAUGAAUGGCCCAAUGUGCUCAUUGUUGGUGGGUUGCUCUUGGGCUGGGGGCUUGUUGCUAAUGCUUGGUCCAGCAGUUGUUUUAUUUCAGAUGCCGUUUUGUGGCCCAAAUACUGUGAACCAUUUUUUCUGUGACAAUGGACCAUUGAUCAAACUUGCAUGUAUAGACACAAGUCUGAUGGAACUUGCCGACUUCUUCAUUGCCACACUCUCUCUUAUUGGGAGUCUGGCAGUAACCGUUGUAUCCUACAUCAACAUUAUUUCCAGCAUUAUGCACAUCCCAUCAAAGCAAGAGAGGCAGAAAGCCUUCUCCACUUGUUCCUCCCAUAUUAUUGUUGUCUCCCUGUUCUAUGGUAGCUGCAUCUUCAUGUACGUGAGACCUUCGCAAAGUCAAGGGUUUGACUUCAACAAAGGAGUCUCCAUACUGAAUACUGUGGUUACCCCUUUGUUGAACCCAUAUAUCUACACUCUCAGGAACAAGCAAGUACAUGAAGUACUGAAAGAUACUGGAAGAAAGAUAUUUAUUAGGUAUCUGAGAAGCUGA